CGCGCCUUGUAUCUGAAAGUUCGCUCUCGCUCUACGGAUACCAGAUACGAUACCAUGAGAUACAUCUGUGGACUGGCACUGGAUUAACGCUAAUUCGUUUUUGAUUGCCGCCAGGGGGGAUCGCCAAUGGACCGAUGCAAGGCAGCUGCUACUCCUCGCUGACGAAGGAAACCGAACACCACCAGCUGGGGUAUAUCCUCACCAGUCGCAAACAAGAACAACAGGGGCACACGAUCGCAGCGGAGGAUCACAAAGGACUCGUGCCACAGGAAUAUGCACCAGGGGGUUGGUGAUAGCGCCUCCUGAAAGAAGUACCGACUCAUGCCCAGGCGGUCGUGCGUCGAGACAAAGUGAUCCUGCCGCAAGGAGCAGGACGAGCCGCUUAUCAGCCAUGCAUGGAAAUCGGGGUGGCUGAGGGUUGCAAACACACGGUCUUAUCUUAAAGCUCGGGCUGUCGGGAGGGUGACGAAAUAGAGCAGAUGUGCAAACAACAACACCGAUGACUGAUGAUGACGAAAUUCCGGGCAUUAGAACUUGAGGGGCGGCGAUACUUUCCAAUCCAACGACGCGUGCUCGGCACACUUGGAGAUCCAGCCCAGAUCCUCAACAGGAGCAACUCUCGUCUGGUCACUCAGACUCGGAUUCAGAUUGGGAGCCACAAAAUUUCCAGUAUUAUAAUGUCCGUGGAUAACAGCCUGGGAAUCCUGGACUUCUCUUUGGCUAAGGAGAGCGAAAAGACAGCAAUGACAGCAGCAAACAUAUACAAAACGUCAGACAAGGAGAACGAUCCUGAUCCCCAUUUGACGGGGACUAUUGUCACCACCGGCGCCACUGCCCAGCCAGCCACGCCUACUGCCGUCCUACCGGCCACGCCUACUCUAUCAGCUGGCCAGGAUGUGGGCGAUGGUGCUAGUGGUAGUACGGAACUCAAGUUCCAAUCGUAUGUCAAUGGAAAUGGCAAUGGGGUGUACAAGAUCAUUAAGACCCUGGGCAAGGGCAACUUUGCCAAGGUCAAGCUGGCAAUCCAUGUGCCCACCGGUCGGGAGGUGGCCAUCAAGGUGAUCGACAAGACCCAACUAAAUACGAGUGCCCGGCAGAAGCUGUACCGGGAGGUGAAGAUCAUGAAACUGCUGAACCACCCGAAUAUCGUACGCCUCUUCCAGGUGAUUGAGUCGGAGAGGACACUCUACUUGGUAAUGGAGUACGCCAGUAGAGGAGAGCUAUUCGAUCAUUUGGUGAAGAAUGGAAGGAUGCGGGAACGGGAUGCCAGGGUGCUCUUCCGCCAGUUGGUAUCCGCCAUUCAGUACUGUCAUAGCAAAUUUGUGGUUCAUCGGGACUUGAAGGCGGAGAACCUGUUGCUCGAUCAGCACAUGAACAUCAAAAUCGCGGACUUUGGUUUCGGCAACACCUUUGAUCCCAAUGCCCAACUGGAGACAUUCUGUGGAAGUCCACCCUAUGCAGCACCUGAACUCUUCAUGGGCAGAAAGUACGCCGGACCUGAAGUGGAUGCCUGGUCCUUGGGAGUGGUGCUCUAUACCCUGGUCAGUGGAUCCCUACCCUUUGAUGGCGGCACCCUGAAGGAGUUGCGGGAACGAGUGCUUCGUGGCAAAUACCGAGUGCCCUACUACAUCUCCAUGGACUGCGAGAACCUGAUGAGGAAGUUCCUGGUCCUAAAUCCCGCCAAGCGCACUUCGCUGUCGGCUGUCAUGUCGGAUAAGUGGAUAAAUCUGGGUCAUGAGGAGGCAGAUCGAUUGAGACCCUUUCGGGAAAAGCCCAUGGAGCUGCAGGAUGCCGCUCGGUUUGAUCUAUUGAUGAGUAUGGGUCACAAGCGUCGGGAUGUGGAGCAGUCGGUGAAGGGUCAGCAGUUCGACGACAUCUACUGCACCUAUAUGCUCCUGGGCGUGGCCAAGCCGCGAUCCUCCAACCGCAGCACGAAAUCGGAGGCUGUGCCAACAAUAGAUCUCACUGUUCCAUCGGUCAGUAGUCCACUGCCCAGCAUCACCACGCCUACUGUUACCAUAGCUCACGUAACGCUGGCGAUGGACAAGAAUCCGUCCAUCCAAUCCUCCGCCGGUUCAAGUCGUCCCAUUGCUCCUCGCUUGGCGAAUGUUCCCAACACGCCCACUUCCACGCCGCCUUCGGGUCCACCUGCCAAACCCACGAGACGAACUCCGGCCAGGACUCCAGCUCGCACCUCCAACCAUUCGGGCAGCCAGCCCUCCAGUCUCCCGCACACCCCUCAGUCCAAGAGGGCUAGUGCCAACAUGGAUGUGAAACCGACGCUACUAAGUGCCCAGCGACAGUUGGCCCAGAACCAGAAGAUGGCCAACACCCCGCCCCGCUUCCAGUACCCCGUCUCCCAGACUCCAAGUCAAGGAUCCGUCAGAAGACCCACCACGCUCUACGAGAAGGCGGAGCCGGCAGUUACGCCCCUUUUAGCGCCCAAGUCACCUGCCAUCGGAGGACGACUUCUGGAAAGGAUUCCGGGAGCGGGAGUGGGAGUAGGAGUAGAAGCAGUGGAGAAGGCCUCGGACAAACCCUUCAGCCGAAACAAUGUGGCACGGGCUACCUUCCAUUUUGGCCAGGCGCGCAGCGGAAAACGAGGUGGGGGAUCAGGAUCAGGUGCUGGCGGGGAGGAGGACAGUUACCAGACGCCACCCCUAUCCGCUGAUGACACCAAGCCCGUCCGAGUGGGUUUCUUCUCCAAGCUGACCGCUCGCUUUGGCCGAAGGGUGAUCCACCUGAACGAGAAGGAUGCGACCGAGCAGCGCAAGAAUCUCACCAAAUAGCCAGGUGUCUGGCGGUUUGGGGCA